AUGGCUUACCAACAACGAAAAAAAGAAGAGGAAGAAUUUGAGCGAAAAUUGAAAUCUGCUAAGGAUAUCCUAAUAAAUAAAUUCACAGGUCCAACUAUCGAAAAAAUGCAUUCAAAUAAUACUGCAUUGAAAUCUAUCAAUGAUGGCAAUUAUAACGAACAAGAUAAC